UCCUGCAGCACUUUAGUAUUAUAGGCGUGUGUAUGAUAAAACAGGCGCGCGGUGUUUUGUAAACAGCCCGUCAGCUGUAGUAGCACGUGACUUUUCACUACUACUGCGCCGUCGCCUCAGAGUAAAUAGUACAUCUACGUAACUUGCAUUCGCGCUUUCUUCUGGGCUCUGUCCUAAUCUUCCUCGGUGGAAAGUAAAAUCCCGGUUUUUAGCAAAAUUUGCUUGAUAAAUCACAGCUGAAUAUCCAUCAUGCAUGCGAGAAUAUGUUAAAAGAUGCUGUGUAAUUGUUCUCUGCAUCCAUUCCCUCUCAACAGAAUCCGGAGCCGUUUUCACGUUUGGAAAGAGCAAGUUUUCCGACAAUGUCCCCACCAAAUUUUGGUUCAAACAUGACAAACCUCUAGGGAUAUGCUGUGGAGAUGAACAUACGGCCCUGAUUACAGACAGUGGAAAGCUGUUUAUGUUUGGCAGUAAUAACUGGGGACAGCUGGGCCUGGGGACAAAGUGCACUGUGAACAAGCCAACUUGUGUGAAAGCUUUGAAGCCUGAAAAAGUGAAACUUGCCACUUGUGGACAAAAUCACACGCUUGUAUACACAACACAGGGGAACCUCUAUGCUGCUGGGGGAAAUAGCGAAGGCCAGCUGGGUCUGGGGGAUUGCAGGGAGAGAGUGUCCUUUCACCUUGUUCACUUCUUCAGAGGAAAAGGCCAGAUCAAAAUGCUGGCAGCCGGUUCCAACACAUCUGCAGCCCUCACUGAAGAUGGCAGGCUUUUCAUGUGGGGGAGCAAUAAAGAGGGGCAGAUUGGCCUUGGCAGUGACAGUCACUCUCUGGAACCCCGCGAGGUGGCAGUUGGGAGGCCGGUGUCUUGGGUGUCCUGCGGGUACUACCACUCAGCCUUUGUAACUGAUGAUGGGGACCUUUACACAUUUGGCGAGUGUGACGGUGGCAAGCUGGGUUUGCCUCCUGAGCAGUGGGAUAACCACAGGACCCCUCAGCUGGUGCUCGGUAUUCCUGACAGGGUCACCCAGGUAGCUUGUGGCGGAGGGCACACAGUGGCCCUCACAGCGGAUGAUGUGUACACUUUCGGAAUGGGCCAGUUUGGGCAGCUGGGCCAUGGGACAUUCAUCUUUGAGGCUCAACUUCCUAAGCUUGUAGAUCACUUUCAAAAGGGACGAGUGAGUCAAGUGAUGUGUGGAGAAAACCAUACUGCUGUCAUUACAGACAGUGGCCUGCUCUACACAUUUGGAGAUGGACGACAUGGGAAGCUUGGUCUAGGAGUGGAGAACUUCACCAAUCAGUUCAAACCAACACUCUGUCCUCGCUUCCUGAAGUACUAUGUAAUGUCUGUUACCUGUGGAGGUUGCCACAUGCUGGUGUUGGCCCGACCCCGGUCAGAGGACUCUGGGGAGGUGUCACUGGAAGAGGAUGACGUUACAGAGGACUACCUGGAGAAGUCUUGCAGUGAUCUUCUAAGGGGACGUUCUACCUACCACCUUCUCCACAGGAGCCUAUCUGCCCGGGUCAGACGUAGAGAGAGGGAGCAAUCUCCAGAACAAUAUGGGCUGAUGGUCCGAACUCUGCCACAUGGGAUAUCUGGUUGCUUUAACAUGUCCCUCCCCCUGGCCAGCUACACCUUUCCUCCAAGGCCACCCGCUAAGGAAGCAUCUGAUAGGGAGAGGCAGAGUGGCUUACACAACCUGAGGAAGAAAGCCUCUCCUAAAUCUGAAAAUGAGUCACAACAGGACCCAGAAAAUGUAGAAGAUGAUGAGAGCAUGAAAGAUCUAGGAGGCACCACUGAUCGAGUGAAAUUACCUCCAUUAUGUCCAUACUCACGCAAUGAAGAUGAACGUUGCAGACAAGACCCUGACGUUAUCUCUAGGUCAGAAAAAGAAGCCUUGAGCUCAGCGCUCUGCCUGCUCAGCAUGUUCACUCAUUUCUCUAAUGCUUUCCCUCUUUUUGUCCUCUGCUUUCCUAUGGUGGGAUGGAAGAAUGUUAGGGUUGUGAACAAGCAUGAUAAAGCAGAGGAGAGAUACGUCAGGCCCCCUGGGCGCAGGCGGGCGCGCCCAGACAAGAGGGCCGAUGAUACCAUUCGACAGCCCCUGCCCACAGAGCUACCUCAAGGCUCCAAACCCAAAUCCUCACCACAUGAGGCACAGCAUAGAAUGAGCUCUGAACACAGCACGUUCUGGAAGGGUGGCAGCAGCCAAGAGAAUAUCACCACUACCGUCAAACACUCGCAGCCUCUUAGAAAGGCAGGUACCAGAGACAUAAAUAUAAAUACCCAGACCACGAACUCUGAAGACACUAGUAUGGUGCUGUCUAAACCAGUUAAGCCAAAAGAGGUGGAAAACAAACAGAUGAAAGAGCAGAGAACCUAUACAGACAGAGGAAAGCAACCAGCAGAACAAAGCAAUGCUCCUGAUGUUAAGAGCAUAUCUGUGAAGUUAAAAAGUAAACCCACAGUCCAAAGCAAACUUAUAGAAGUCAAAAGCAAAAGUGAAAAAGCUAAAAGUAAAGAUCUGAAUGUGAACCAAACUGUUGCCAAAAUUAAAAACAAACCUAAGGAGGUGAAGAGCAAACCAGCAGGGAUUAAAAACAUCUGCACAAAAGAAAAUGCAUUAAAAGGACUAAAGGAAAAACUAAUUGAGGUGGAAAGUAAGGAGUCUAAAAGUGCUGGGGUGAAAAAUGUACCUAUAAAAGUUAAAAGCAAAGUUACAGAGGUGCAAAAUGAACCUACACAGGUUUUUCAUGAACUAAAAAGAAAGCUGACUGCUAAUACUGAAGGUGAAAAUGACAAAAGGCAUUCAUUAAUUUCCCCUAUACCAAAGAGAAAAUCCCCCAACCGUGUCAAGUUAACACUGGAGACGUCUGGAAAUGUUUCUGAGGUUAGGCCACUGGCGGAAAGGGAGGCAAAAGGUGAUGAGAAAAGAACCACAAAAUUUAAGAUGAAAGAACCAAUUGUUGUCUCUGAAGCUGUACCAGUAGGAACAAAGACAGUAAGAGGACCAGGGCAAGAUAUAUCCAGGGGAGCUGUCUCCUUUCUCCCAGAUGCUGGAAUUGAGAGUCCAGUGCAUUUGCUGACUGAAAUGUCGACUACACUAAUGCAAUCAAGAAUGGAGACUGAAAAAGUUCAAAUUUCCACUCAGAAACUUAGUAGGCCUGAUCGUCUCACAAAACAAAGGGCCUUUGAAGACUCCUUCCAGAGCCAGUCACUGGAGUCAGUCAUCUCCAAGUCUGGGAAGAGGACAGCUGUCAGUAUAAAUAUUUUUCCUGAAGCAAGGUGUUCUGAACAUGAGGAAGAGGAAAGUGGGUCAGAACAAGACCACAGCAGGACAGAAGAUUCUCCUGAGACUGAUGGAUCAGAACAGUCUGAAACCAGGGAGUAUGGUGUGCUGUCACUCAAAGGUCCAUCAACUGAGGAGGAGAACAGCAAGAGUGAAAGAGGUGAACAGAAAGAAGGUGCAGAUGAUGAAGAUGAGUAUGAAACUGAGACCAAGAGCAGCAAUGGGGAAGAUUUAGGAGAUGAUCAGAAGGAAGCGGGAGCCAGUGGGGUAGCAAUGAGUACCAGUGACCAAGAGGACAGCAAGGAGAUAACAGAUAGAGAGGAAAGUAAUGAAGAGUGUAGUGUUACAGAAGGACAAGAGGAACAAGACAGUGAGAGUCAGGCAGAAGGAAUAGUAGAGGACAGUGAAAGGAAAGGGAACAGCGAGGAGAGUGAGGAUGAUGAGGGAGAAGAUGAAGAAGAAAGUGAAGCAAUUGAAGCUGAAGAGCAGGAGAGUGGAGAGGAAUCACAGAGUGAGACUGAGAAGAAGGAAGAUGAGUCAGAAGAGGUGUCUGAAGAUGAAGAGGAAGAGGUGGCUGAAAGUGAAAAUGAAGGAGAAGAAAAGGAAGAUGAAAGCGGUGUUGAAGAGGGAGAAGAAGAUGAAGAACAAGACAGUGUUGCUGAAGAGGAGGAGAGAGAUGAACGAGAUGAGGAACAAGAAGGUGGGUUUGAAGAUGAGGAAGCAGCUGAGGAGGAAAGUGAUGUUGGUCAAGAAGCAGGAGGUGAAGAAGAUGACAAAGAAGAGAGUGGUGUUGAAGAAGAUGGAGGUGAAGAAGAUGAUAAAGAGGAAAGUGGUGCUGACGAGGAGGAGGUAGAGGAAGAAGAUGAAGAAAGUGCAGAGGAGCACAAAGGGGAAGAUGAAAAAGAUGAAGAAUUAGGAGAGGGUGGAGAGGAGCGAGAAAGUGAUGAAGAACAGGAGGAAGAGGAUAUCAAUGAAGCAGAGGGAGAAGGUGAAGAAGAACAGGAAGAAGAGGAUGACACUGUGGGGGAGGAAGAGGGGGAGGAAGAACAGGAAGAAGAAGAAGAAAGAGAGGAUGGUAGUGAAGUGCUAGAAGAAGAAGAGGAAGUGAAAGGGAAGGAGGAGGAGGAGGAGGAGGAGGAAGAAGAAGGUAAUCAGAAUGAGACCAGCAAAGAAGGAGAAAAAGAAGAAGAAGAAGAAGAAGAAGAAGAAGAAGAAGAACACAAGGCAAAGUCAAUAAUGAAGAAAAACCAAAGAAAACAGGCUCAGAAAUCCAAAGCAGCAGUCCCAAGCAAAAAAAGUGAGACAAAGAGGAGCAGGUCUCAUGCCAAAGGAGGACUGGGCAGUAGUGACAGCGGAUCUCAGGAAUCCCAGCAGUUCUGGAACAAUAUUCUGCCACAGUACCUCAAUCUGAAAUGACCUGGUUCCAUUGCAGCCUGUAGUGCAUCUGCAGAGUUCACAAUACAUUUU